AUGGCGGCGUCGGAGCGGGAGGCCGGCCUCCUCGCCCGCGUGGCCGCGAACCACCUCUUCCUCGCUCAAUUCGAGCCCAUGCGCGCGGCUCUACUCAGCCUCCGCCGCCGCACCGAUCCCGAUCUCGCUGCAGACUUCCUCCGCGCGGUGGUCGCCUCGGGGGGCCGCGUCCCUGGCGUGCUCUGGUCGGCGCUGCCCGCCUGCCCCUCCUCCUCCCACCUCGCCUGGCUCGCCGCGCUUGAGCUCGCUGCCCUCCCUUCCACUCCCAACCCCGAGUCGCUCCGCCUCAAGGCUGAGUUUCUCAUUCUUCUCCAGCCCAUCGCUGAUGACCCUGCCACCGGCGUCGAUGCUCGGGGAACGCUCGUGAAGCUGCUGGAUUUGGGGGUGGCGAGGCUGAAACGCGAGGUCGACGGCUAUGGGGAACCUGUCGAGGAGGUCCCGGUCACCGAGGAGGAUCUGAGGGGGUUGUGGGGGGUGGUCCUCGACAAUGCCGAGCUGUUUGACGCCCUGUGUGCGGGCGUUUCGAGGCAGAUCGGACUGGACUCAGGUUUUGGUGUAAAUGUGCUCCUGUCGUUGCGACGUAGCGUGCAGCUCGCCCACUUGGACGCCAUGAAGGCGCUUGUCAUGGCUGGUGACGUCGAAAGUGUUACUGGGCAUAUCCGGUUCCUCUGUUUGGAGAAUGGUGUAGAGGAGGACAGUUAUAAGGUUGUCCUAGGUGAUGUUGUGAAAAAGGGUUGGGAAAAAUCAUCAAAUUAUUUUGGAAAAUGGUUUGAAUCGCGUAAUGGAAUCAUUACAAUUUAUGGAGAAGCACUUCAGUCAAGCAGUCCCCAGCUUGUUCAACUAAUUCAGAUCAUUCUGGAUGACAUUCUUUCUGAAGAAUUUGAAGACCACAGUAUCUCUGAUGCUCAUUGGAUGCCUCUUCCUUUCAAGAAGUUUCUGGAAACAUUGUGGUUGGAGAGGGAUGCUGAUUCAGAUGACAGGACCAUUUUGACCGAAGCUAUAGUAUCCUGCAAGAAAGAUCUGUUCCACUAUUCUCGACUUUCUGGAAAGCAUGUCCUUGAAGUUAUCAUGGAAACUGCUCUAUCAUUAAUUAAGAGAGAACAGCUUCAAGAAGCUGUUAAUGUUGUUUCUUUAUUUCCCCUUCUCCAGCCAUUGGUUGCUGUAUUGGGUUGGGAUAUUCUGAAGGGUAAGACAGAACUGCGGAGAAAGUUAAUGCAGUUGUUCUGGACAAGCAAAUCCCAAGCUCUGCGUCUACAAGAAUAUUCACAUUACCGUGCACAGACGGAUGAGACAUCCUGUGAGGAGUACCUAUGUGACCUGUUAUGCUUUCAUCUGGAUCUUGCAUCCUUCGUUUCCAGUGUGAAUUCUGGGCACCCUUGGAAUUUGAGGAAUUCAUUGUUAUUCUCCCAACAAGAGCAAGAUUCAGUUGUUAAUGCAGAAACAUUAGAUCCUUUUGUUGAGAACAUGAUACUUGAGCGGUUAGCUGUUCAGACUCCCAUGAGAGUGCUGUUUGACGUGGUCCCAGGAAUAAAGUUUCAAGAUGCAAUUGAGCUUGUUGGUAUGCAGCCACUUUCUUCAACAACUGCAGCUUCGAAAAGGAUGCAUGACAUCGAGCUGAUGCACAUGCGAUAUGCUCUACAGUCAGUUGCCCUUUCUUUAGGGGAGAUGGAGAAGUGUGCAGGUGAUGGGAAUGAGCACCAUUAUCACAUAGCUUUGUCAUAUUUGAAGGAGAUGCAAAAUUUUAUGGAGGCUAUCGAAAGCACUCCACGAAAGAUUUUCAUGGUCAGCAUUGUAUUAUCAUUAUUACAUAUGGACGACACUAUCAAGUUGCCGCAAGCCGCCCCCCCAGAGUGUUCUGUCAUUCAUGAUUGCUGUGAUAGUAAUACUGAAUCUGAAGGGAAGAACAUGGUGAUAUCUUUUGUUGGACUUCUGCUUGACAUACUUCGACAUAAUGUCCUAUUUAAAGGCCCUGAUAUGGAUCAGUUGCCAAGUACUGGUCUGUCACCUGCUGGCAGGCAAGCGUUAGAGUGGAGACUCAAACAUGCCAGCCAUUCCAUUGAAGACAUGGAUUGGCGUCUAUCUGUUCUACAACGCCUCCCACCUCUGUCUGGGCGACAAUGGAGUUGGAAGGAGGCAUUAGUUGUUUUACGUGCCGCUCCUUCAAAAUUGUUGAACGUGUGCAUGCAAAGGGCAAAUUAUGGUAUAGGAGAGGAAGCUGUACAACGAUUUUCUUUGCCUGCUGAGGAUAAAGCUUCUCUUGAAUUAGCUGAAUGGGUAGCUGGUGCAUACAGAAGAGCAUUGGUUGAGGAUGCUCUAAAUCGGGCCACAGACAACCCAAAUGUUGCACGCGAAUCAGAUAUUUUGUCAUUCCGUGCUCAGCUUGGUCCUUUAACUACGAUUCUGCUUUGUAUUGAUGUUGCUGCAACUUCUGCUAGGUCAGGGGAUAUGUGUCGAUUUCUUCUCGAUGAGGCUACAAGUUUGUUAUCUGAAAUAUUUCCAGGAACCUCCCCAAAAAUAGGUCCAACUUAUUGGGAUCAGAUUCAAGAAGUUGCUAUCAUAUUAGUGAUAAAGCGCAUCCUUCAGCGCCUCAGUGGCAUUUUAGAUCUCGAAGGUCGGCCAUAUCUUCAAGUAGUUUUUACCGAAGUGAGUACCUCUUUGUCAACUGAAUCUAGCAGAGUUGGACAAAAGCAACGUCCACUUGGACUCCUGCAUCAGAUGAUUGAUGAUGCCUUCAGAGGAAAGCGUCAGUUCUUGAAUGGUAAACUUCACAAUGUUGCAAGAGCUAUUGUUGAUGAAGAUUCGGAUAAAAUUUACUCAAAAGACGGUACCAAGUCAGAAAAAAAAGAUGCUUUGAUAUCCGAAAAAGGUACAGUCCUUGGUCAUGGACUUAGAAUCCUGAAACAAGCAUCUAAGACUGACCCAACAGCUUCAAGUGUUCCUGAAAGCAGUUCAGACCACAAAGGUUCUACAAACAGAUACUUGGGUCAUGUAUCUACCAAGCCGUCGACAUACUUAUCAAACUUCAUAAUAUAUAUUGCAACCAUUGGUGACAUAGUUGAUGGAACUGACACGACUCAUGAUUUCAACUACUUCUCAUUGGUGUACGAACGACCAAAAGAUCUUUUAACUCGUUUAGUUUUUGAGCAUGGAAGCACUGAUGCAGCUGCGAAGGUAGCUGACACAAUGGGUGUGGAUUUUGUGCACGAGAUAAUAUCAGCUUGUGUGCCACCAGUUCUUCCUCCACGAACAGGACAAGGAUGGGCUUGCAUUCCUAUUUUGACCACAGUGUCCAAUAUUAUUUCUGAAAACAGUUCAACAGUUCCAAAGUCCCUCCCCCCUGAUCAAGGAUGGAGUCCACAUGAUUCAUUGUUGUCUUCUCGCCGGGAUCCGCUGUAUCCUCUUCAGUUAAAUUUAGUGAAGCAUUUAGCCCAAUUAUCAUCAGUAAGAGCAGUUCUGGCAUGUGUGUUCGGAAGUAGCAUACUAUCUGGUGACAGUGAAUCAUCUCCUACUUAUGUGAAAGAUGCAAUGCAAACCACUGAAGUUGAGAGGUCAUUCUAUGAAUUCGCUCUUGAACAAUCGGAGAGAUAUCCAACUUUGAACCGGUGGAUACAGAUGCAGUCUAACCUUCACCGGGUAUCUGAGUCUGCCGUGGCAGUUAAAACUGAAAAUGAAGUCGCCGUGCAUCAAUCAAAAGGAAAUUUUUCUAUUAAGCGAGCUCGUGAACCUGACAGUGAUGCUGAAUCAGAGCUUGAAGAUGUCGUCAUAAAUGGAAAUGCCGCUUCAAGUACACUAGAAUCCCCUAAACAUGAUGAUGCUAAACUAGAGCCAACAGCUUUUAUUUCUUUUGACUGGGAGAACGAAGGACCAUAUGAGAAAGCUGUUGAGAGGCUAAUUAAUGAAGGAAAACUAACUGAUGCUCUUGCUGUAUCCGACCGUUGUUUGCGCAAUGGAGCGUCUGAUAAAUUACUUCGAUUGCUCAUUGAUCAAAGGGAAGAAAGAAGUCUAGGCAAAGGACAAUUCCGUCCAUAUGGUUCCCGUAACUUGGGGAAUAAUACUUGGCAGUAUUGUUUGAGACUGAGGGAUAAAAAACUUGCAGCUCAGCUUGCUCUUAAGUACCUGCACAAUUGGAACCUUGACGCUGCAACCAAUGUUCUAACUAUGUGCAUCUGCCACUUACCUGAGAAUGAUCCUAUGCGGAGUAAGGUGCUACACAUGAAGCAAUCUCUGCAACGGUAUGGUCAUAUUAUGAGUGCUGAUGACCAUUACACCAGAUGGCAAGAGGUCGAAGUUGAUUGUGAAGAUGAUCCAGAGGGGCUAGCACUUAGGCUUGCCGCCAAAGGAGCUGUAUCUGCUGCUUUACAGGUCGCCGAAAGUGCCUCUCUGUCAAUCGAUUUGCGGAGGGAACUGCAAGGCCGCCAGCUUGUCAAACUUCUUACCACUGAUCCACUUAAUGGUGGAGGCCCAGCUGCGGCAUCACGAUUUCUAUCGACCUUACGAGAUUCCAAUGAUGCUCUUCCUGUUGCCAUUGGUGCCAUGAAGUUAUUACCUGACUUGCGCUCAAAGCAGCUUCUUGUGCAUUUUUUUCUCAAACGUACAGUUGGGAAUUUGUCAGAUGCUGAGAUUGCUCGACUUAAUUCAUGGGCGCUGGGUCUUCGUGUUCUUUCCUUAUUGCCAUUGCCAUCACAACAGCGUUGCUCUUCUCUGCAUGAACAUCCUCAGUUGAUUCUGGAAGUACUAUUGAUGAUGAAGCAACUCGAGUCUGCAUCUCUGGUUUUGAAAGAAUUUCCAUCCCUGAGGGAUGACAAGUUAAUCAUUGCUUACGCUAAGAAAGCAAUCUCUGUCAAUAUCGAUUCUACUCUUAGGGAACCACGACAAACCAUCUCUGCGGCAAGAGAAAAAGAAAAAAAGGCUGCCAUACCAGCUAAAACAAAUUUUGUGCAGAGUUUUGGCAACUUUCAGAGAGAGGCACGUAAAGCAUUCUCAUGGGUGCCCCGCGACGGCGGCACCAAAACCCCUCCGAAAGAUAUCCCUCGGAAAAGAAAGAGUUCAGGCUCAGGUGAUAGAUCCUCUUGGGAAGCGAUGCCUGGUGUACAGGAGGAGCAGACACCUGUUUACCCUUCUGAAGGACAAGAUAGACUUCCUUUUGUUUCUGCUCCUGAGGAGUGGGUGCUUACCGGAGAGCCUGAUAGGGAUAACACAACUCGUUCAUGUCAUAGAUAUGAAUCCUCUCCAAAUAUCGCACUAUUCAAGGCAUUGCUUUCACUGUGCACUGAUGAGUCAGUAGCCGGAAAAGGUGCACUUGAACUGUGUGUUACUCAGAUGAAGGUUGUGCUAAGCUCCCUACACUUGCCUCUCAAUGCAUCUAUGGACAAUGUAGCCCGGGCUUAUCAUGCAACGGAAACUUAUGUGCAGGCAAUCUCUUAUGCAAAAAAUCUACUAAAAAAGCUCACCGGGAGUAGUGAUUUGUCAAGUGGCUCUGAAAGAAGUAGAGAUGCUGAUGAUGUUUCUGUGGACGCUGGCAGUUCAAGCACUGGGGUCCAACAUCAAGAUGAGCUGUCUGAUCUCCUUGCUCAAGCAGAUACGUGGUUAGGGCGUGCUGAGCUUCUUCAAAGCCUGCUGGGAUCAGGUAUUAUUGCAUCACUUGAUGAUAUUGCUGGCAAAGAGUCUUCAACUAGUCUACGUGACAGGCUGGUCAGUGAUGAGCGAUACAGCAUGGCUGUAUAUACUUCUAAGAAGUGCAAGAUUGAUGCUUUUCCAGUGUGGGUUGCUUGGGGCCAUGCUCUAGUUCGAAUGGAACACUACGCUCAAGCCCGUGUGAAAUUUAAGCAAGCUCUUCAACAGUUCAAAGGUGAUGCGCCUCCUGUUGUCCUUGAUAUCAUUAACACAAUUGAAGGGGGUCCUCCUGUUGAUGUUUCUUCUGUCCGCUCUAUGUAUGAACAUGUAGCAAAAAGUGCAGCAACCAUCUUCGAUGAUUCCCUUUCUGCUGAUUCUUAUCUUAAUGUUCUAUAUAUGCCAUCCACAUUCCCACGAUCUGAGAGGUCCAGGCAAUCCAGAGAUUCUCUAGAUAGCCAAUUUUCGUCUGCUAACUCAUACCUUGAAGAUGGUCCUCGCAGCAAUCUUGAUAGCGUCCGAUAUGCAGAGUGUAUUCAUUACUUGCAGGAAUAUGCUCGCCCACAAAUGCUUGCUUUCAUGUUCAGGCAUGGCCAUUAUGCAGAAGCAUGCUCUCUAUUCUUUCCAUCCAGUGAACCAACCGCAGAAGGGGAAACAUCUUUGUCUUCAGUUCCUCGGAGUGAUCCUUUAACAACUGAUUAUGGGACAAUUGAUGACCUGUGUGAUCUAUGUCUUGGAUAUGGUGCUAUGUCUGUAUUGGAGGAUACAAUAUUGGCAAUAACUCAAUCCCCGACAUAUCAUGACACAACUGUGAUUCAGUACAUGAACACUGUUCUCACCCGCAUUUGUAACUACUGUGAAAUGCAUCGGCACUAUAAUUAUCUUUACAACUUUCUGGUUCUAAAAGGUGACCAUGUGGCUUCUGGCCUUUGCUGUAUUCAGUUAUUCAUGAAUUCAAUGUCCCAAGAGGAAUCUCUGAAGCAUUUGGGACAUGCCAAGACACAUUUUGAGGAAGCCUUAUCUGUACGAGAUAGAACAAUUGAGGCUACAAAAUUGGUAUCACGGACUGCUCGCAAUAAGAGUGCAUCGGAAAAACUAACUCGAGAGAUGAUAAUGAAAUUUUCUACCAGAGUUUCCUAUCAGAUGGAUGUUGUGAAGGCCCUCAACAGUGUAGAUGGGCCUCAGUGGAAGACCUCCCUGUUUGGAAAUCCAACUGAUCCUGAAACUCUGAGGCGAAGGUGCAUGGUUGUUGAAACUCUGGCUGAAAAGCAUUUUGAUUUAGCUUUUAGAAUGCUUCAUGAGUUUGAUCUUCCAGUUGUGGAUGUUUAUGCCGGUGUAGCAGCAUCCCUCGCAGAGAGGAAAAAAGGUGGCCAGUUAACGGAGUUCUUGAAAAACAUAAGGGGAACCAUAGAAGAUGAUGAAUGGGAUCAGGUUCUGGGUGCUGCUAUAAAUGUUUAUGCUAACAAGCAUAAAGAAAGGCCAGAUCGACUUAUUGACAUGCUAAUCAGCAAUCACAGGAAAGUACUUGCUUGCGUUGUUUGCGGCCGUCUGAAAAGUGCAUUCCAGAUAGCCUCACGAAGUGGAAGUGUAGCUGAUGUUCAAUAUGUUGCCCAUCAGGCAUUACAUGCAAAUGCAUUGCCGGUUCUUGAUAUGUGCAAGCAAUGGCUGGCCCAGUACAUGUAA